AAAGAAGCUUAUAACCUCUUUAAGUCAAACGCCAGUCAAAUGGUCACAUUAUACCUUGACUCUAAACCAAUCACAGUUCUCUGUCAGAUGGGGGAUUUUGGAUGCGGAGAUGGAGGAUGGACACCUGUAAUGAAGAUUAACGGCCACCAAGAAACUUUUCACUAUGACUCUCUCUACUGGAGUGAUAAAAACGAAUACAACACCCCCGGCGGGAGGACUGGGUUUGACUCACAAGAGACCAAGUUACCAACCUAUUGGAACACACCUCUCUCCAAGAUCUGUCUCGGUAUGAAGAUAAGUGGACAGCUCAGGUUUAUUGUCAUUAACAUGCAGGCGAACUCUCUACAUUCACUGAUCGCUGAUGGCAUAUGGCGCGCUUCUUCACUGGGUCGUAACGAGUGGAAGAAGUUGAUUGGUGCGCAGGGCUCUUUACAACUGAACUGUAGCAAGGAGGGCUUCAAUGCUGUAUGUUCUUUAAGUCGUCAUUCUAAAGCAAGAAUUGGUUAUGUAGCUAACGAGAAUAACCAUUGUGACUCUUGUGACUCCAGAAUUGGGUUUGGUACCGGAGGAUCUCCUGGUAACUCCACUACGUGUGGAAAUGUAGCAGCUUAUUCCCCAGAUAAUGGUGACAGAUACAUCAAAGCUAUGGGAUACAUUUUGGUGCAGUAAACUCUUCCA